GAACAAGAACAUUAUAUUUAAUUCUACAGACUUUAUUAAUUUUGAGUACUGAAAAAAAAUAUAUUUUCUAAAGACGAAACAUUCGUUUUCACCUUACGAAAGCUUUUAAUUUAUUUUGUGUAAUACAGCGUUUUUCUUCAUCAUUUGUUAAGAUUGAAAAAUACAGCUUUCUUACUGAAGCUUCUCUUUAUUACCUUUUACUAUCCCUUUAUUGUUUUUUAUAGUGCUCGUGCUAUAAUAUUUGGUUAAAUUUUAAAUAAACAGAAAAAGGUUUAUUUUGUACUGUUCUAUGUUUAAUUUAAUACCAGUUGAUCAAGCUAAGGCCAUCGAAUUUGCAUUUGAUACUACCUUUCAAAAAACGCCUUUAUUUUCUAAUUUGGACUUAUUCAAUUCCACUUUGGAUAGCUUUUUCAAAGAACCACUGGAAUCUGUAAACCUUCCCGACCUAGAUGUUUCUGAAACCAAAGUAUUAGUUGUUCGAAAUCGUCCUUUUGGCAUUCGUGAUUGCCAUUCUCAUUCACUAAACCUCGACAGGUUGAGAGCUAACAGUUGGACACAAAUAAAACAUAAUACUCGUACACUUCAGGGACAGGUAUUUUUGACGAGAAACUUGAGACGUGUACAGAACAAUUUGUAAAUUAUUAUUGAUACUUUCUCAAACUAUCUUACCUACCAUAAAAAAGUUACUAAUUGAUCAAGAAAUUUUAAUUAGGAAGUUCUUGUCUAGCAACUUUGACUAGAUUUUUAUCUAGUCAAUACUUAUUAAUAAACUUGUUAGCCUGC